UUCGUUGCACUUACAUUGAAACGAAACUUGGAUGCACCGAUUAAGUUUCGGUUUCAUGCCAUAUACACUCCGUCGACGCGUAUAAAACCACCGCCCUUAGGAAACCGCGGCAUUAAUCGCGUUGCUUCAAAGAUGAGUGUCCCUGACAAAUCUGACCUUGAAGCAAAGCUCAAGGAGCUGGAGUGUCCCUUCACAUGGGACAUAAAUAAAUGUGACAUCGAAGACCUGGACGGCAUUCCAGAGAAGCUCCUGGAUCGAGUCAAGUUCUGCCCUCGCAGAUACCAUGCCACAUAUCUUAACAUUUUAUCUUUUGUGAGCCACAUGAAAGGAAACAAUGAGGGUGCCCUUGAGUACCUCAGUAAGGCUGAGGCCACCCUAACGGCAGACAAGCAGGUCCAAACUGAAUUUUUGGUGACUUAUGCUAACUUUGCAUGGGUUCACUACCACUCUGGUCAUCUGGGUGAUGUGGAGACCUACCUUGGCAAGCUGGAGGAGAUAUGCAAGGGUGUCUCAGGGGGCUCACAAUACUCUUGUAACCUGCCCGUGAUUCAUGGUGAGAAAGCGUGGACCUUUCUGAGGCUUGGGGCAACAUAUUACAAGAGGGCAAAGGUCAGCUUCCAAAAGGCCCUUGAGGGAGAUGCUGAAAAUGUGUCCUUCAAUGUUGGCUAUGGAGUUGUUCUGUACAGACUUGAGGGGCUAGUCCAAGAUGAGAGACUGAGGUCUGAGAAAAGUGAAGCCAUCCCUCAGCUAAAGAAGGCAUUACUCUUAGAACCCAACAAUGCUGAGGUAAUGGUGCUCCUGGCUCUCAAGCUUCAAAAAAGCGAGGCGCGCAAAUCCCAGGAACUGAUUGAGGAUGCCCUCAAGCUGUCUCCUGAUGUGCCCCAAGUGAUGCGGUAUGUGGCCAAGUACUUCAGAACACAAGAUUCCACCGAGGCCUCACUGGGUGUCCUGGAAAAGGCACUGGAGCAGACCCCCAACUCUUCUUUCCUGCAUCACCAGAUCGGCUUGUGCUACAAGAAGCAGCUCAUCAACAUGUUGCAACCGGGAUCGGGCAGCCGUGUGCCAGCAACUCUGAAGAGGGCCAAGGCCGAGCAGUGCAUCCAGUGCUUCAGGAAGGCAGUGGGGCUGAAACCCAGCAAUAUACAUGCCCGGAUCAACCUGGCUGAGGCCUACGGCGAGAACCAGCAGCUGAACGAGGCAGAGAAGAUCUUCACAGAGCUGCUCCAGGACGAGUCUCUGCGGGACCCGGACAAGCAGCAGGUUCACACGUCUUACGGCCUGUUUCUGUUCUACAAGAAGAAGGCAGAGGACCGUGCCGUCGCGCAGUUCAAAGCUGCCUACCGGAUGAAGAUACAGAGCUACAACAGGAGGCAAGCUGGCAAAAGGCUGGAGCAAAUUGCAGAGAGGUGGCGAAAAAAUAGGCGAGCUGCGGAAGCUUCUCAAAUUCUGGCCUUCCUAAGAGCUGAAGACAAGAAUUCUGCUGAAACUGAAGACCUCUCCGCUGCCUUUGAGAGGGGAAUGAAGUUCAAAUAAGGACACUAAGGAGUGGAAACACAACACAACCACUGAUAUACAGAAAACAUUUUACUACAGUUAACUGCAGUGGGUGACUUAUAAUGUUGUUUUACAAUUUUGCAUGUAAUAAACCCCAGAGGUUACAUGUCCUAAGCAUGCUUUGAGCCCUAAUGUACGGUCAUGAUAGACUACUCAUUUUUGAAUAAUAUUUUAAUGACAUUGACAUAAUUGACAAUAAAGUCACAUAUAAGAUAACAGUCAUUCGGUGGGUUGACAGCUUAAGAAGGCACUGUAUAUUUUGAUGCUGUGUACAUUAAAAUGAAUUGAAAUGAUACGCAUUAAAAGGAAUUGAAUUACAGAAACUUA